UUAGCUUCAGCUGGGUGGUGACAGGGCACACUGGAAAUAUGUCUUGCUAAAGGAAACACUGGAGACCUGAGCAGAGCACAGCAGGGGAUUUGAGCAAAGAUGAAGAAGAAUCAGUCUGUGCAGGGGACGUUUAGCAAACUCUUUGGGAAGAAACAUGCCAACAACACUUCCCUCUAUGCCACAAAUCCACCCUGGAUCUUCACACAAGAGGUCACUUCUGAGGGCAAAGGUGGUCCCGGCGAUGUUGUUGAACUGUACUAUGAGGAUAAUCGCGUUAUGACAGUGACUGAUUCUGGAACAGCAACGCUUAAGCCUCGGCCAAGAGUUCGACCGUUACUGACCUUCAUGCCCCUUAACACCCAGGAGACACAUGGAGUGGCUGUACCAACCCCUUCUGUGCCGGAGGGCUUUGAAGAAACAGCAUCUCCAGGCCUUAGGCCCCAAAUCAAUGGCAACUACAGAAUGUACAAGUCGGUUGGAGACCUGCGGCCAAAAGGUUUUGAGAGAGACUAUCUGGACAAUGAUAUUCCUCCACCUCCUUCCAUGGCCCCCCCGCCUCCACCUUCCAUGACACCCCCACCCCCACCAAUGGAAAUACCACUGCCUCCACUGUGCACAGGACCUCCUCCGCCACCACCUCCAACGGCGGCAUCUCCGCCAUCUGUGGCUCCAGCUCUGCUUUCGUCUUCAACCUUACCUUCUCCCAGCCCGCCGUUCCCUCCGGAUUUCAUUCCUCCAGCACCUCCGCUUGCCUUUUUUGCCGCCUCCGGCCCCUCCCUGCCGCCUCCGGCCCCUCCCCUGCCGCCUCCGGCCCCUCCCCUGCUUCAUACUCCCAUCUCGAACGGUGUCUCCAAGUGGAAAUCGGAAACGGUUCUGAACACGAGGCAGACAGAUGCCAGGGAAAAUGCCAGCGCCCCCUCUCUUGCUGUCACCACUCCACCAGCCUCUCACCAGAAGGAAGAGUCGCUGACCAAGUCUGCCCCAGAACCUCACCUAACUUUCCCCAGAUCAUUAAAAGUACCUCCCGCUGCCCCGGUGAGAAUUUCAUCCAUUUCCAUGGAAGAAAAAGAUCCCUGUGAGGAAGAUGGGCUUAUUUCCAGACAUCCUCGCACCCGCCCUCCCCUUCCGCCGAGCUUCACCAUCAGACCUGCAGCCAAGGUGCACUUAGCUGGAGAAGCUGAGCAGAAAUCUACCUUGGAUAGGCAGAUAGUAACAAAGCCCGUCAGGCAAAUCACAGAACCCGCGAGCCCAAGACCAGGGUCAGACUGUGGCAAAGGGACUAAUUUUAAUAGCUAUCAGUCCUCAUUGUCAGAGGCAGCAAAGGUCCCGCUGGAGAAAGCUGAAAAGGACUUAAGUCCAAAAUCUGAGCUUCCUGCUGCAGAGGAGGAAUCGGACGUGCCCUCUCCAGACUACACAUCAUCUGAUGAUGACUGGAAGGAACCCAGUAAUCUAAACAGGCUGAGGCAAGAACUAUCAGUCCUGCUGUCCUCUUCUUCGAAAAGGGAGGAGAGACAGCUGGAUAAACCCAUAAAUGCCAGACCUACCAACAGUAUUACUGACCAUGCUAGCAAUGAUAGGUUUAGCUCUGUUGGGUCAAAUCAAGCUAAACCUACUUUGAAGGAUCCACAGUUACCAGCAGGGGGGGAAAGUGAGAGGAAAGAGAAGAUCCCUACUAAUUCACUCACUACAAAAGAGUACUCCUCCUCGGUUUUCUCUGCUCCAGGCAAUAAACCCACCAGCACGCAAGCAAACAGUGUUAUGAAAUUCAGGAACGAGCUGGAAGCAUUACUCUCCCCAACAAAGGAAGGUAAACCACCAACAGGACUUACAAAUCACAGACACAGUUCAGGCACAAACAGAGUUACCCUGAAUUCUGGAAGCAGCCAGACAAAUUCUGGUGACUCCAGGCUGCCAAAACCUGUAGCCAAUCAGCUCCCACCCACAGCAGCUUCAGUGGAAGUUGAGAAGAUGCAGGAGGAUCCUAAGACUCUCAUUGCCCUCACCAGUAAUAAGACUUUGGAGAACUUAAACCCUGUUUCGGGAUACCUGCUGUCUGAUCAUGUUCAGAAGUCUCCAGACCCACCUCAGAAACCAAAGGACCAACUCUUUGUUCUAGCCUCCUCUUCACUCUCCUCUAUGGAGGCUACCUCUCCCACACAAACCUCUGGGCCACACACAGACACUUUUCUUGUCCAAUACAAGAGCCAUCGGGCCAAGACCAGCUCCACAGACAGUCUGUCCUCUCUGACCCCCUCCCAAACUGUGGAGGAGGGGCCAGUCAAUACAAACAAACAUGAUGCAGAAAGAGGCACAAUCCUGUGCUCUGCUGAGAAGCCAGGGGUGCCUUCACAGCCAACCUCUUCUUCCAUGAAUGCAGACCAGGAGGAUGACAAUGCCCUGAUCCACCCUGUCACAGGAGAAAAGGUGGAGAAAGGCUCUCCAAUGGCUCUCCUCCUGGCCGCAAAACAGCGGGCCCAAAGAGUCAGGCAAUCUGCCUCCCGCCAGAACAGUUAUUUGUCCAAAAAACACCCCCUUAAGCUAUCCGAGAAAUCCAGUAGCGGCAGCAGCAGCCAGUCAGAAAGUGGUUUGACCAACUUCUACUUCAGUGAAUCCAAGCCCUACUCCUUUGUGGUGGUACCAAAGUCUCCACAGAAGGCGUCCCCUGCCCUGUUGGAAGGCAAGCAGCAUGACAGGAUGGUCACACCUGAAGGCAAGGCACUGGGCUUCUCGGAACCAGGACAGAGGGCCUACAAACCACUGUCGUUCUCCAGCACUUCUGAGCAAAGCCAGAGCAUGCAGAAAACUAGCGCUGGGGAGUCCCAGAGCCUUUCCAAGCCAGAGAGGUUUGGUGCCUCCAGUUUAGUUCAAGGCCUCUUGGAGUCCAGCCACUUGAGACUGCAAGACCUUCCCCCCAAACCUGACCUUCCCCUGUACUCUGUCUCUUCACCUCCUAGCUCCUUGACCAAGGAGGAGGAAGAGAAUGGAGAGAAGCUUGACUAUGAGAUCAUCCCACCACCACCAGAGUUCAGCAAUGACGCCAACAGGGUCGAGAAUGCUUCUUCAAACGUGGCAGAGAGCUGCAGAGACCCCAGUUUCCCAGAUUACAGCCAACCCUGGGAAAGGCAGCAGAAUAUCCGAUGCCCAAGCUACGGCUAUGCUAACAGUUACGCCCUGCCCUCCAAAAUGGCCCCAGACAGCAGCACGAGGACUAGCGGCUUCAGUCAACAUUACCCAGGUGGCAGUUACUCCACUGGCCCUCCUGUCUGCCGCCCAGACAGCCGCCCGCUGAUCAAGAAGCGCCUGUACGUGUCUGAACCCGAUAGGUCCUACACGAGAACAUCCACAUCCUCCAGGAACGUUAGCACACCCGUGACCUAUGGCCACAGCAUAGUGGGGUAUGGCUCCCAGGCUGCGGAGGGGAUGUGCCGGGUCAGCUCCACCCACAGGAGUGCUCCCAGCAGCACGCAGGGCAGGCGGAUGUCACUGGAGCCCCCUGGGAAAACCAGGUCUUAUAACAACACCAUGAACAAUGCCAAGUAUAAAGGGCAGAAUGGGGACUACUCUGCCGCCAGUGCAGCAGCAACCAGCAGGCCUACCCAGGGCAACCCACAGUACAGUUCUCCUGUGAACACGUUCACUGUCAGGCCUGGGACACGGCAGCCGAUUUCCUACAUGUACCAAGGUAGCCAUCGAUAAGUUGGUUCAGGAGGCUGCUUUGCUGCCUCCGGUUACAUAAACCCCACAAGCCUGUUCCAACGUGGCGUGACGCAGGAUGGACCUUGACGUGUCAGUAAUGAUGAAGUCUAUCCAGGAGUAGUGCUGUAGGAGCAUAAGGGUCUGCCAUGGCUCCCAGAGCAUCCUGUAAAUGCACUGCUUGUAAAUUAUUGGGAGUGAGGGUGAGACUAAAACCCUUCUCAAAAAAACAAAUAUGGAGAGUAGUUACUGGAGUUGCUGUACUGUUGUCUUAGGGGAAUGCCUUAUCUCUCCCCCACAGGACCAUUAGGUAAAUGCUUUAGUGUAUUAGGGCUUUUAAAAUGUAAAGGAAAGAACAUGCCCUGCAUGCUGUUUAAAAGCACGUGAUACAAAAUUACUCAUUAGUGAUUUUCUUUUGUUAAAUUCCGUUUUAAACCUACUUUAAAUGCAAUUUAUUUGGAAGGGGGGAAAAACUCCACUGGGAACCUGCAUGACAAGGGGAAGGUGACUGAAUCCAGAUAUGCUAAAAACGGGAUGUAGAAAUAGGGAGCUUUAACAGAACAGUGAGAGACAUGAUCAGAGCAAAGGAUGGAGGACCUGGAACUACUAGAAUCUAAUCUUAGCUAUGCCACAGAUUCCCUCACUAGCCUUGGGCACAUCAGUUAGCUGCAUGUUUUCAAAAGUGGCUUUUGAUUUUUGAGGGCCUGUCUUGACCCCCAAGGUCAUGGGAGCUGUAGGUGCUUCAUCAUUUCAGGAAAAAAAUUACCUUCGGGCUCUCUCAUUGAGCAGCCAGAAAUGGAGGUGUGGAAGUUUAAAAGCCACUUCUGAAAAUUUGGACCUUAAUGUCUUGUCUUCAUUUAGCCAAUUUGUAAGUGGUGCUAAUGCUAAUGACCACCUGCUUCAGAGGCCUGCUGAGAGGAUUAACUGGUUCAGGUUUGUAAAGUACUUUGGAGCUGGAAGACACUAAGUGAUAAUUAUCCUUAAAUUCUGUCCAUACCAAUGGACAUCACUGUGACUUACAAACUGUGUACAGUUUUACAGUUCUCUUGUCCCUCAGAAGAAUGCCCCAUAAAUGCCCCAUUCCAAACAGUUAAGCAACUUUUUUUUCCCUAUAAAUUCAUCUCUCAUAAAGGAUGUAGUUUUAGUUUUAGCCUACUUUGGGGUCAGCUAAUUUUUAAUGUAGUCCUUAAGUAGCUGACACACAGUCUUUGGUAGUGUGCCAGUAGUAAAAUAUUAGUGGUUUAUAGCAUAGUCUGUUUUUAAGCUAUUUCUGUAUUAUGGAUGCACUCUGACCAUCUCAUCAGGCAAUCAUGCUGCAUUGUGUCUGUUUUCUUCCAGUUCAAAAAUCUAUCCGAAUUACAGUCAAACAAAGGUUAUCCAAAUGAAAUGGGAGCUAUGAAAGUAACUGUAGGUAAACAGGUGACCUUGAGUCUCUCUCUCUCUCCCUAUAUAUAAUACACACACACACACC